GAUGAUAAAUCGGCGGCUUGUUUUUCUCGAUGUUUAUAAAAUGUGUAUAUACGCGAACGAAGUCGAUGCAUAUUAUAUACACAAAAACGACGAGCUCUACGGCGGCGGCGGCGUCGACUGCGGCAGUGCCUCCGUAAGAGGGGACGACGCGCAUAUUAUUAUAUGCGAUCGAAGCGAACGAGAGAAAAAGAGAGGAAAAACAUUGCGUAUCGAGGCAAAGAAAGAAGAUUCGCGCACAGGCAGGAGAGAGAGAAAAAAGACACUCUUUGGCUCUGGCUAAUUUAUUUGUCUGCUUCAAUAGCGCAUUCGUGGCACGACGACGAGCGUCGAACAACGAUCACCCGAAAUUUCAGCAGGCAACGACACGAUGCUACCAGCUACCUUCCAGCUCCUCGUCUCGACGACCAGAAAUGCCGGCUACCAGAGCGCCCGGCGCUUCUCCAACGUCGGCUUCGUCGGCCUCGGCAACAUGGGCGGCUUCAUGUCGCGCAAUCUCCUCAAGAAGGGCUACAAGCUGCGCGUCUACGACGUCGACAAGGCCGCCGUGGCCAGAGUCGCCGCGGCGGGUGCCCAGCCGGCCGCCAACCUGGCCGAGGUCGCGCGCGACAGCGACAUCGUCUUCACGAUGCUGCCGAUGAACGAGCACGUGCUCGAGUGCUACACCGCCGAGGACGGCUUGAUCAAAUCGGCCAAGAAGGGCACGUACCUCGUGGACAGCAGCACGAUAGACCCGGCGGUGGCGCAGCGGGUCGCCGAGGAGGCGCGCAAGCACCAGCUGAACUUCGUGGACGGGCCGGUGUCGGGUGGCGUCGUCGGGGCCGAGAACGCCAGUCUGACCUUCAUGAUCGGCGGGGCCAAGGCCGACUACGAGAAGACCAAGCCCGUGGUGGAGUGCAUGGGCUCGAGGGCGGUGCACUGCGGCGACAUCGGUAUGGGCCAGGUGGCCAAGAUCUGCAACAACAUGCUGCUGGCCAUCUCGAUGAUCGGCGUGAGCGAGGCCCUGAAUCUCGGCCAGAGGCUCGGGCUGGAUCCGAAGAUACUCACGGACAUCGUCAACACGAGCACGGGCAGGUGCUGGUCGUCCGAGAUCUACAAUCCGGUGCCCGGCGUUGUCGCAGGAGUGCCCAGCUCCAAGAAUUACGAGGGUGGCUUCGGGGUCGGCCUCGUGGCCAAGGAUCUGGGCCUGGCGCAGGCCUCGGCGACCCGGGUGGGCGCGCCCAUCGCCCUGGGCUCGCUCUCCCAUCAGAUCUACCGGACGAUGAUGCAGCAGGGCCUCGCCGGCAAGGACUUCAGCGUCGUUUAUCCGUUUAUACGCGGCGAGAAUAAUAAGUAAAUUUAUAUAAACGAUCACACGAUCUCUAGUCCAGUUAACGUCGAAGUGCGAUAUUAUCGUAUUUAUAUACUUUCUACAAACAAACAAGCAAACGACAACACUUUUUUUUUUUUUAUAUGUCACCCCACCGCGUGCGACUGAUUAAAUUUACUUCUUGUUUUUCAAAAGCACAU